CGAUUUCUGACGGAUGCUUCUUUUUCUGCAGUCUGGCCUUACUAAGGCUGUGAAGGAGAGCAAGAUUUCCUUGCAGCAAGCGGAGUAUGAGUUUCUGUCCUUCGUGCGGCAACAGACACCACCAGGUCUCUGUCCUCUCGCAGGUAACUCUGUUCACGCAGAUAAGAAAUUCCUUGACAAAUACAUGCCUCAGUUCAUGAGGCAUCUUCAUUACCGGAUCAUUGAUGUGAGCACUGUCAAAGAGCUGUGCAGACGCUGGUAUCCCGAGGAAUAUGAGUUUGCACCAAAGAAGGCGGCUUCCCACAGAGCACUCGAUGACAUCAGGGAAAGCAUCAAAGAACUGCAGUUCUACAGAGACAGCAUCUUCAAGAGGAAAACGGAUGAAAAGAAAAGGAAACUCAUAGAGAACGGAGAAAGCGAUAAAGCCGCCAGCUGA